AUGCGGAAUGAAGACGAUUCGGCCAGCGAAAGCAGCAGCGACGAAAUGGAAACCGCCGACGAUUCCCAACAAAUCAAUCCCCAUAAACCUCCCAAUUCCUCUUCCACUACCACUCCCACAAUUUCCCUUCCCAGCUCCACCCCAUUUCAUUCUACUACUCCCACAAUUUCUCUUCCCAGCUCCACCACAACUCCAUCUACAUCUCUAACUCCUCAUCCCGUCGCUACUUCUACUUCUCUACUCGCCUCCACUUCUUCUCGCUCUCUAUCUUCUUCAUCUACAACCACAACAUCACCAUCAACAUCUUCACCAGGAGUGGUCCAGGCGUUGCCUAUUGUACUGCAAACACCAGCAGGUAUCGGAUACGCCACCACCACCGAUGGUUCCAUUUUGGGGCUCCUGCAGGGCCCCAAUAUCGCCCAACCCCAAUUCGUCGCCAUACCGAUAUCCAACACCGAGAACCUGUCGGGAGCGGAAUCGAGCGACAGUUGCAGCGACGUCGAGAUGGACGCGGCGCCGGCGCCCGCCCCCGAGGCGUCGGCGUCGCCGCCGCCGGCGUCGAAAUCGCAGAUCAUGUCGCCGCUGGUGUACCAGACGCCGCAGGGCGUCGUGUACGCCGCGACGCCCGGCGCCGGCGGCGUCAUAUUGAGCCUGGCGCCGGCGGACGCGGCGUCGAAUCGGGCGCAGUUCAUCACCAUACCGUUGUCGAUGAUGGCGGCCAACGGGCAGGGCGAGCUCGAUUUGUCCAAGAGGAAAUGACGGUUCGUGGUGGGGGGUUAUAGUCCGUUCGCUGUCGGGUUUCGGUUUUUGUCGGCUUGAUAGCGAACGGAGUAUAAUUCGGGGUGGAAAGGUAGGGUGAGGUCGUUUUGGUUUCGUGAUGAAAACCUUCUUUUUAGGUUUCUACUAAUUUACAAUUUGCAAGAGUAUAUUUAUUGAUUUCGCGAUGGAUACUCUACGAUUUUAGUGCCUUAAAAUUCCAUUAUCAUGAGAAAAAAAAAACAUAACUUAGAGAGGACCAAAAAAUUUUUUUUGUAAUAUAUUAUAAUGUAUAAUAUUGUACUUUUAUUGUAUCGUGUAUUCGUAACUGUUUAACAAAACUCUUGUGUUAUGUUAUUGUCGAUUGUUGUUAACCAAAAAAAGUUUUCGUUUUAACCGCGUUUUAUAAGUAUUUGCGUUUCGAUUUUUUUUAUAUAAUUUAUAUAUUUAUUGUCUACUUGGUAUGUUUGUAAAAAGUGUUGUUUCAUUUAUGAAAUAUAGAUUUGAUAUCUUAAUUAAAAUGUUUUUUCUUUUAAUCGAGUAGGUAAUAUACAAAAAUUGCUACAAAUUUCUUUCUACUUUUUUCGAAUAAUUUUCUCCCUACCUUUUUCGAAUAAUUUUC